CAGUGCUUGUUGAUUUUACCUAAUAAUCAGAAUAAAUCUUCAAUUUAUUCAUGUUAGUCUAUUUUUUAAAUCGUUUUACAAUGGAUUUGAGUGAAUUUUUGGAUGUAUAUCAGCCCCCUACAAGCCCACCAAUGGUAGCCAAAGAUUUACAAAACAACAAUUCGCUAAUAUCGUUGUCUCAAUCAAGCAUUAAUAAAAUGCUUUUGCAAGUAUUGUCACCAAGUGAGGAUACAAUCAAAACAUGCUUGUAUUCAGAUCAACAUAAAAACAAUGAGACAUGUAAUAACACUAACUGUGAUCAACCCACCAAUUCCUCAAGUACUGUUAAUUUGGGUGUUGAUAGAUUCUAUCUUAAAAACUGUCGUCGAUUUGGAUCAGAAAUUGACUACAUCAACUUAUACGACGCGACAUCAGAUAGUAUUUACUCUGAUACAAUUGAUCAACUCGUGUUUAAUAUCCUCAACCACAACAAUCUAAGUCUUUCAGCCUUGGACACUAAUGACUAUGAAGACUCAGAAACAUAUUAUCAAUAUUAUGAUGAUUAUCAAGCUUUACAGCCAACACAACAGUUCACCUACAAUGACUACGUCAAAGUGAGAGCAAAUAAUUUACUACUCGCCAGGCUUGGAUACAAGUUGACACUAACAUUGAAUACAGACAACGAUAAACCAGAAACAUGGAAUCCAAAAGUAGCCAAGAAAAUAUUAUCCGUUGAGUAUUCACCUGUGAGUUUAGUGAAGGAUUUUUACCCUGCACAAGCACCUUUGGACCAAUUAGAAACUUUUCUUUUAGCAGAAGUGGUAGAUGCUUUUCAAGAUGAUGAACCGAUUAACUUGCCUGAUAUUUCAAUUAAAGUCCAAACGGGUCCGUCACCAGUAAAAUUUGUUUCCAUUUGUAGGAAGCUCAGAAGUUUAAGAAAGCUAUGUAAUAACGAUAAGAUUGCACUAAUGUCCAGCUCAUUUUAUGCGGUCGCUUCCCUGACUGUUGUUCUUAAAUACAAUCAAUCAACUGAUGAUUGGAUAAAUCCAGCUCAUGGAUCGAGAUUUAGAAGACGCGAUUUAUUCAUCUGGAAUCGUUUGUUACAUGACAAGUCUGUGGUUGUUAUUGAAUCCUUUCCAGAUCGAUGGAGAAAGGAUGAAGUAGUUGAAGUUUUGAUUAGUCUUAUCGUUAUUUUUAAUCCUGAUCAAGAUGGAAUAACAUUUACAGAUUCAGUUAGACACGAACAAUUUGUUUACAUUCAUCUGCUUAAGCGCUAUUUGGAGUCAGUUUGCGAAUCGCCCUGUGAUGCUUCAGACAAUCUUUACAGGUUGAUGGUGGCUGUGGAGAAAUUCCGGGAAUUGGGUGAAAUUUUAUGUGAAUCAAUAAAUUUAUUCGAGGCGGGUUAUCAUAGAUCUUUACAAAACUUGAUCAUUGAUGUAAUAAACAAGUAGGCUAAAGUGUAAAUUGACUCAGCCAAAAAAUCACUAACAGCACAUAUCAAUUCAAAAUAUUGUACAUGUUACAUGUAUUUUAUUUAUUUAUAACGGCUGCGCUUAUUUUAAUUAUUCUUGUAAGCAACAUCUUAAAACGCCAAGCCCUACCUUGUAAAGUUUGACAAUCUUGCAACAAUCUUAACUGCCAUGUACAGGGUGACAAUUCAUAACCGAGAGACUUUUUUUCAAGAUAACGGCCGAACGGUACAUGCAGUGGCCCUCAUAUUUUUUUCUGGGCAUCAGGGCCUCAAAGGUAAAUGUUUGGGCUACUUUGCAGGAAUUCGAAAAUUUUCAAAUUUCUAUG